CAUGGCAGCAGAUACAUGUUACCUUCUCCCGCCCCCCAUUUUGUGAGCCGUGGAAUUCAGAAGGGUUUGCUCUUUGCAGAAUUUCUGAUGAACUCUCUCAAUUUCUUCUCCAAUUCCUGCUAAUAAUUGCUGAGUACUCGAAUUAUGGAUUACAAAAGGUGCAUUUUACUGCUCCAAGCAUUGAGAAAUUGUGGCUUGAUCUUUCAAUGGGGUCUGCGGUGGUUGUACCCAAACAUUACUCAAUUGAUUGCCCCAAUGUCAAGGUCUUGUUUGUUGAAAAUGUGCUUUUGGAUCAUCUGAAAGUGAUUAAUGUUUCUUCGGCCUGUGUAUGCAUCAUCAAAAAAAAAAUUUAUUUCGAAGACCAGGAUAUCAGAGUGAUGAGUGUUCAACAUUUUGAAUUAUUACUUGACAAAUUUCGGAAUGCUGAGUUUUUCCAGCUGGGAAGCAAAGUUUAUCAAAUUGCUGUCAAGCUUGCCUUCUGCAUUCCCAUUCUUGCUUCCACAAUCAAGCGGUUCUUCCUCCAGCAACUUAAACACUGUGGACAUGAAUAUAAUGAGAAACUAUCUGGUCUAAGCAAUAAAUGGACGCAUAUAACUCUGAGGCCUGGUUUCCGUGGAGGCUGUCUGCUAGGCAUGUUCAGAUUACUGUGCAACUCACACAUGUUGGAAGAACUUAUAAUAUAUGCCAACGGGGAUUUUUCUUGUGAUUGCAAUGAACUCCUUGUGCAAGAGGUUAUUUCUUGUUAUGAUUUGCAUCGACUUAAAAAUGUCUCCAUUCGUGAGUAUGAGAAGCCUUACAAAUCUCUUUUUCGGCUGAUAGAAAUUCUGCUUGAAAGGGCAGACACCUUGGAGAAAUUGGUUAUUGCCAACAAUGGGAAGGAUCCACUCUUUUCGAACGACAACCAAAUUUUUGCUAUGAAGUUAUUGGGCAUUCCAAGGGCCUCACGCAAUGCACGCGUUGUUUUUGCUUGAGAAAUAUACUGAAGCAAUUAAAACAUUGUGGAAAUGAGAAAUUGGUUUUCCACAAAAUACAUGGAUGCAUAUAACUUUGAGUACUAGGGUCCAUAGGAAGCUGUCUGCUACGCAUUUGUAGAUUGUUGAGAAACUUAUAGUUCUUGCAAGAACUUAUAAAUAUACGCCGAUGUGGAUUUAUCUGCGACUGCAAUAUGCUUUGGUGCAAGCUUUCUUCUCCGUGAAUGAUGCAACUACCUAAAGUUUCACCAAUCGUCAUUAUUAGAAGUCAUGUUAAAUUUCUGCUUAAAAGUGCAGUUAUUUUCAAUAAAUCGGUUAUUAUGUGUGACAGAAAGGUUAUGAUGAUAUAGUUGAUAUGUCUUCCAAGGACCUCACAGAAUGCAAGGGUUGUCUUUGCUUCAGAAUUACGGUAAUGGUAUGGUAAAAUGUAGGACAGCAUAGUCCGCUUCAUCUUUAAAUGUAGAAAUUUUUAUCUUAUGUGUAGGAGUUGGGAAUCAGGACCCCCUGUUGUGGUUCAAAGUCUUGCUGCUGCUGAUAAUGGCCUGGUCUACUACGGUUUGUUAUGCAGAUUUGAUAGGCAAGUGUUAUAUACACAACCACAAAGUCCACAACAGUCAUUCAAUGAUGAGCAUUCUCUACCACAUUGAGUGCACUUUAAUUUGGCAGAUAAAGUCUUAUCCGAAACCUUGUCCAUC